AUGGGGUUCACUGGACCAGCUGGGAAGAGCAGCCCUUGGCGGGGCCAGCCUGUGACUCCCUGGAGAAGGGAUGACCAUCCGGACGGCCCUUCUAGAACCCGCCUCCCAGAGCUUCUAGAACCCCGGCAGCCCCAUCUGGACGGCCACCUGGUGUGGCUCCCCUGCCAUUGCCUGAGCGUCUCCUUCCCGACCGUGGUGCUGGAGGCUGUUUUCUCCCAGUACUCUCCUCCAGCGCGGCUGUGGGCAGCGGGCAGUGGCCACAGACGCCGCCCAGCCGACCGUCUGUACCUGACCCAGGUCCCCAAGGGCCAGAUCAGCAGCCUGCCCACGACCUCGGGCGGCAAGCCCUUCCAACUCUGGGCCCUAGGACUCUUCUGCACCGAGCGAAACCUGGCCAAGCGCCUCAAGAGCAAUUGUUUCUACCCGUUCACGCAGCUGCAGCCCAACGUCUUCGUGCUCGAGUACUACCUGGACACGCUGUGGAAGGGGACCCUGCUCUUCGCCGUCUGCCUCUUGCUCAUCAGCUUCGGCCUCGUGAGCCAGGUGCAGAAGCAGGAGACUUGGGGCUUCCCUGCCUUCGGCAUGGGCGUGGGCCUGUGGCUCACGAUCUCGUCACUGCCGCGGCGCCGCCUAGUGCUGAACCACACGCUCGGCAUGUACCACUUCUCCAUCCAGGGCCGCACCGUGUGUCAGGGCCCCAUGCACCUGGUCUAUGUGCGCCUGGCGCUCAGCUCCGAUGCCUAUGGGAGGUGCUUCUUCCAGCUGGUUCUGAGCGGCCACAAGCUGGAGCCGCUGGUGCUGGUGCAGCUGUCUGAGCGCUACGAGCAAAUGGAAUACCUGGGCCGUCACAUCGCCCGCAAGCUCAACAUUAACUAUUUCGACUGUCUGGCCACAUCGUACCGGCACGUCGUCCGCCACUGGCCACAGGGGGCCACCUUCAGCCCCUACAUCAUGCCCCGCAAGACUGGUGCCAAAGACAAGCCAAGCUUUCAGUCCGACCAGGAUGUAUGACGUCGCCAGCCAGCACCCACCGCUCACUCCAGCCCAGACUGCAUUGUCCCUUCCCCUCCAAUCUCCCUCCUCCACCACUGCCCUAAUUCUCCAUAAAGCCCUCUUGCCUCAA